AUUAGCUACUUAAAGUAGCUGAAUCAUGGCUCAGUUUCCAACACCUUUUGGAGGCAGCUUGGAAAUUUGGGCCAUAACUGUGGAAGAGAGAGCGAAGCAUGAUCAGCAAUUUCACAGUUUGAAACCAAUAUCUGGAUUUAUCACUGGUGAUCAAGCCAGGAAUUUUUUUUUUCAGUCUGGUUUACCUCAACCAAUUUUAGCACAGAUAUGGGCUCUGGCAGAUAUGAACAAUGAUGGGAGAAUGGACCAACUGGAAUUUUCUAUAGCUAUGAAACUUAUUAAACUAAAGCUACAAGGUUAUCAGCUCCCUUCUGCAUUACCUCCUAUUAUGAAGCAGCCUCCCAUUGCUAUUUCGACUACCCCAGGAUUUGGAAUAAGCGGUCUCUCCAGUAUACCACCUCUUUCAGCUGUUGCACCAGGGCCAAUGACAUCCAUACCAGUUGUAGGAAUGUCUCCACCUUUAGUAUCUUCUGUUCCUACAGCAGCUGUGCCUCCUGUUGCUAAUGGAGCACCAGCUGUUAUCCAACCUCUACCAGCUUAUGGUCAUCCCGCAACAUUGCCAAAGAGUUCCUCCUUCAGUAGAUCUGGUGGAGGAUCCCAACUAAAUGCAAAGCUGCAAAAAGCACAAUCAUUUGAUGUGGCUGGUGCAUCUCCGGCAGUAGAGUGGGCUGUUCCUCAGUCAUCAAGACUAAAAUACAGGCAGCUAUUCAAUAGUCAUGAUAAAACAAUGAGUGGACAUUUAACAGGUCCACAAGCAAGAACUAUCCUAAUGCAGUCAAGUUUACCACAGGCUCAGUUGGCUACAAUAUGGAAUCUUUCAGAUAUUGAUCAAGAUGGAAAACUGACAGCCGAAGAGUUUAUUCUAGCUAUGCAUUUAAUCGAUAUGGCUAUGUCAGGACAGCCAUUGCCACCUGUGUUAUCCCCAGAAUAUAUUCCUCCUUCAUUUAGAAGAGUUCGCUCUGGCAGUGGUGUAUCUGUCACUAGUUCAAUGUCUGUAGAGCAGCGGUUACCAGAAGAACCAGUAUUAGAAGAAGAACAGCAGCAACUGGAAAAGAAAUUGCCUGUUACAUUUGAAGAUAAAAAACGUGAGAACUUUGAACGUGGCAAUCUAGAGCUUGAAAAGCGGAGACAAGCUCUUUUGGAACAACAAAGAAAAGAGCAAGAACGCCUUGCACAGUUGGAAAGGGCAGAGCAGGAAAGGAAGGAACGUGAACGGCAGGAGCAGGAGCGGAAAAGGCAAAUGGAAUUAGAAAAACACUUAGAAAAACAGAGAGAAUUGGAACGCCAGAGGGAAGAGGAAAGGAGGAAAGAAAUAGAAAGGCGUGAGGCUGCUAAAAGAGAACUGGAAAGGCAAAGACAGCUUGAGUGGGAACGUAAUCGUCGUCAAGAAUUGCUGAAUCAAAGAAACAAAGAACAAGAAGAUAUAGUUGUUUUGAAAGCUAAGAAAAAAACUUUGGAGUUUGAACUGGAAGCUUUAAAUGAUAAAAAACAUCAACUGGAAGGGAAGCUUCAGGAUAUCAGAUGCAGAUUGGCUACUCAAAGGCAAGAAAUUGAGAGCACAAACAAAUCUAGAGAGUUGAGGAUUGCAGAAAUCACACAUUUACAACAGCAGUUACAAGAAUCUCAGCAAAUGCUUGGAAGAUUGAUUCCAGAAAAACAAUUACUCAAUGACCAGUUAAAGCAAGUUCAGCAAAACAGCUUGCAUCGAGAUUCAUUUCUCACUGUCAAAAGAGCUUUAGAAGCAAAGGAGUUAGUAUGCCAGCAACUUCGUAACCAGCUAGAUGAAGUAGAAAGAGAAACCAGAUCAAAACUUCAGGAGAUAGAUAUUUUCAACAACCAACUAAAGGACCUGAGGGAAAUACAUAACAAGCAGCAGCUACAGAAGCAAAAGAAUAUAGAAACUGACAGACUAAAACAGAAGGAGCAGGAGAGGAAAACAGAGCUGGAAAAACAGAAAGAAAACCAGAGAAAAACCCAAGAUAGAGAAAGACAGUGGCUUGACAGAAUACAACAGGAAGAAGAACAUUCACGGUCAAGAAAAAAUCAAGAGGAAGAAAAACAAAAAUGGGAAGAAUUAAACAAAAAGAAAGAAAAUGAUGAGAAGAACAAACAGGAAGUGCAAGAAAAAAUGAAUAAAUUUUUUCAUCACCAUAAAGAUUCAACAAAACCAACUAUCCAAGCUCCCUGGUCAACUGCAGAAAAGGCUCCACUAACUAUUUCUGGUCAGGAAGAUGUAAAAAUAGUGUAUUAUCGAGCUCUGUAUCCUUUUGAAUCCCGAAGCCAUGAUGAAAUCACUAUCCAGCCAGGAGACAUCAUCAUGGUGGAUGAAAGCCAAACUGGAGAACCGGGAUGGCUUGGAGGUGAACUGAAAGGAAAAACAGGAUGGUUUCCUGCAAACUAUGCAGAAAAGAUGUCUGAAAAUGAAAUUCCAAGUUCCAUAAAGCAGUUAACUGAUGUGACAUCUGUACCUAAAAUUUCAUUACGUGAAACCCCUUCAACACCUAUGGCACCACCUGUUCCUACAGAUUCAAGCCCUACUAGCAACAACUGGGCAGACUUCAGUUCAACUUGGCCAACAACUACUAGUGAUAAGCAAGAAACAGAUAACUGGGAUGCUUGGGCAGUUCAGCCUUCCCUUACAGUUCCAAGCACAGGACAGUUAAGGCAAAGAUCUGCCUUUACUCCUGCAACUGUUACUGGAUCCUCUCCUUCUCCUGUUUUGGGUCAGGGUGAAAAAGUAGAAGGACUUCAGGCACAAGCAUUAUAUCCUUGGCGAGCCAAGAAGGACAACCAUUUAAAUUUUAACAAGAAUGAUAUCAUCACUGUGUUAGAACAGCAAGAUAUGUGGUGGUUUGGAGAGGUUCAAGGACAAAAAGGAUGGUUUCCUAAAUCCUAUGUGAAGCUUAUAUCAGGUCCAAUAAGGAAAUCAACAAGCAUGGAUUCUGGAUCUUCAGAGAGUCCUGCUAACUUAAAGAGGACAUCACCAGUUUCAAAAUCUACAUUUUCAGGAGAAGAAUAUAUUGCUAUGUACACAUAUGAGAGCUCUGAACAAGGAGAUUUAACAUUUCAGCAGGGAGAUUUAAUUCUUGUGACCAAGAAAGAUGGUGAUUGGUGGACAGGAAUGCUGGGUGAAAAGUCUGGAGUGUUUCCAUCUAACUACGUUAGACUCAAAGACUCUGAGGUUCCUGGAAAUGCUGGAAAAGCAGGAAGCUUAAGCAAGAAACCUGAAAUAGCUCAAGUCAUUGCCUCAUACACAGCAACAGGCCCUGAACAGCUUACUCUUGCUCCUGGUCAACUAAUACUUAUAAGAAAGAAGAAUCCUGGGGGUUGGUGGGAAGGAGAACUCCAAGCUCGUGGGAAAAAACGGCAAAUAGGAUGGUUUCCUGCUAACUAUGUGAAACUCUUAAGCCCCGGUACUAGUAAAACCACACCAACUGAGCCCCCCAAAUCAACAGCAUUACCUUCAGUAUGCCAAGUGAUUGGUAUGUAUGACUACAUUGCACAAAAUGAUGAUGAACUAGCAUUCAAUAAAGGCCAGAUCAUUAAUGUCCUUAAUAAAGAAGACCCUGAUUGGUGGAAAGGAGAAGUGAAUGGGCAUGUGGGUCUCUUCCCAUCCAACUAUGUGAAAUUGACAACUGAUAUGGAUCCAAGCCAGCAAUGAAUCAUAUGUUGUCCAUCCCCCACUCAGGCUUGAAAGUCCUCAAAGAGACCCACUAUCCCAUAUCACUGUCCAGAGGGAUGAUGGGAGAUGCAGCCUUGAUCAUGUGACUUCCAGCAUGAUCAUCUACUGCCUUCUGAGUAGAAGAACACACUGCAGAGCAGUUUACCUCAUUUUACAUUAGUUGCAUGUAAUCGCAAUGUUUUUAACUUAAUAUCUAAGAUAUAGAAGCAAAAUUACAAAAAGAGUCAAAAACACAGGAUAGUGGGUCCUUUUGUGGCUUUCAUAGUUACCCACCUAUUUCUCACCUUGGCAUAGGUGCGUUCAAGGGUAUAAAUAUUUUAAAAUGCCUAUUUUAGCCCUUUUAAAAAAGCAUUUUUGUCAUUGCAAUUUUGUUAUUGCAAAAAGACCCACUAUCAAGGAAUGCUGCAUGUAUUAUUAAAAUUGUUCCAAAUGUCCAUAAAUCUGAGACUUGUAUUUUUUGUUUUGUUUUGUUUUUCACUUGUCCAGUGUACCUGGUGUCUGUCUUUUUCCUUUUUAUGUACUACUAAAAGAACAGAAUUUAGUCUGGUUUAAAGAAAACUAAAAUGUGCUCAAUUAAAAGUUCAGCUUAAGGUAUUUGUAUCUUGUAUUGUUAUAUGUUGGGUGUUCUUUUAGUGUCUGUGUGAGUGUGUGUGUGUGUGUAUAAAUACAUCAUGGACAAGAAGUUAAUUUCCUUCCAUGUGCAAGAAAGGAUAUAAGUGUAUAAUACAGUUACUCUCAUUACCUUAUAUUUUGCACGUUUAUUUGUAACUACACAUAAUAAGCACCUUUUUGUUCUGUGUCUCAGAUUUCUUUGGGUUUUUUUUUGCCUUUUUAUAUAAAAAUAAAAGAAUAUAGCAUUUAUCUAUUUCUUGAGAAUUAACAUGCCUUUUCAAGUUGAAGUUUUAUCAUCACUGUAAUUUAAUGACUAUGGAACAGACCCUUUAAGCAAGUAUCUUAUUUUGACAAAAGAAUGUAUAGAAAUACCUUCCUGCAAUUAAUUUCCAAUGUUUACAUUUUUUUUUAAACUAGACUGUGGAAUUUAUACAAGUAACAUUAAGUGGAGCUUACAGUUAAAUUUUACAUAGAUGUGUUGUAGCCUAAGCUAUGUUUGUCAUUUAAAUAUUAGUUAUAAGCUCUUAAUUAAAUAUCUGGUGCAGCCAGCACAUAGGAAGAAAAGCCCUAUGCCUGAAGCACAAUAUAGCAACUUUACUAAUAACCUUAACUUUUUCCGUUUGUUUAUGUAUUUUAUCUAAAUUUUCUGCUGGCAAUGUUGUAAUUCCUUAUGUCCAUUCACAUGGUGCAAAGAACAAGAGAAGCUCCUUAUACACUUGCACUUCAGUAUUUUCAUUGGUAUGAAUGUAAAAUAUAUAAAUAUAUAAAACCUCCAGCUUUAACAAUUGUAAUACAGUCUUUACAAUUAGCUACAUGUAUAGAUAAUUAAAUUCUUCCUAUAAAAGCUA